CGGGACGUAAUCGUCCACUCAACACUCUAAAUCCCAACAAACCCCUUCUACAUAAUCGUACAUUUAUUAGCAUCUGAAUCUCACUCGCACGAACGCACGCACAGAGAUGCGCUAGUUUUUUUUUCUUUCUUUCUUUUUAUUUAUAUUAUCUUAAGUAAGGUGAAGAGAGAGUUAUAAGUGGAUAUUGCACUUUGCCCAAGAAGCUUAUCUCUCCCAUCCCUCUUUCAUAUCUUAUCUAUUCCUUCCCUUCCUCAAUUACUCCUCACCCCCACCCCCCUGUGGGUCUUACCUUCCAAAUUUUCUAAAGAUCUCACCUUUAGAGAGAGAGAGAGAGAGAGAGAGAGAGAGAGAGAGAGAGAGAGAGAUUAUUGUAUUAUGAUAGGAUAAAUUAAAUAUUACUCCCAAUCAUGCAAUGACUGUUCGUACAAUUUCGUAUGGAGAUAAAAUACUAAAUUAAAUAAAAUAAGAGAGAAAAUAAUAAUAAUAAUAAAGUACGUACAGCAGAGCAACCUGCACUACAAGUGCACUUUAAAAAAUCACACUCACACAUUUAAUGAUCCAAGAAAGAUUAGUUCUUUCCCACUCUUAUAUAUAUAUAUAAAGAUUUCCUCACAUUUAUAUUUCAAACAUCACUCCCAUAACCUAGCUAAAUAAACACACACACACACAACACACCUACAAAGGGGGGAAAGGUAAUUGGAAGAAGAUGAACACUUGUACGAAGGGAAAGUUCAAUCUGAAAGCAUGCAUGAGAAAGUGGAGAAGAAUCAUACCUUGUAGCGCGUCUGAUUGCGACAAGUGCUGCGUGUGGCGGUACGCGCUGCACAAGGAGAAGGUCGUGCCGAACGAUGUGCCGAAGGGGCACCUGGUGGUUUAUGUGGGGCAAUUUCACAAACGGUUUGUGAUCAAGGUUAACUUGCUGAAGCACCCGCUUUUCCAGGCGCUGCUGGAUCAAGCGCAGGAGGUUUACGACUUCGCCGCCGCUGAUUCACGGCUGCGCAUCCCCUGCGACGAGAAUAUCUUCCUCAGCGUUGUUCAGUGCGCCAGAUCUCCGCCCGACCGGCGGCUCUCCGAUGUCUGGUGCUGCGUUUGACGUGUACGCUCGAUUCUGAAAAAAACUUGCGGGUGUGAGAUUGAUUAUUCGUUCUGAUUCAAAAAAUUAACUACCGAUUUGAAUUAAUUAGGAUGACUGUGUGUAAUUUUUU